AUGGAGGGAGCCGGUUACAGGGUGGUGUUUGAGAAAGGAGGCGUGUACCUGCACACCAGUGCCAAGAAGCACCAAGACCCGGACUCCCUCAUCGCCGGCGUCAUCCGUGUUGUGGAGAAGGACAAUGAUGUCCUCCUGCACUGGGCUCCUAUAGAGGAGGCUGGAGAUUCCUCCCAAAUCUUCUUCUCCAAGAAGGACACCAGUGGGGGUGACUCCUGCACCUCUGAGGAGGAACCGACCUUUGAUCCCGGCUAUGAACCCGACUGGGCUGUCAUCAGCACCGUGCAGCCACGGCCCCGCCAUUCAGAGCCCACGAGAGGUGCGGAGCCCAGCUCCCCUCGGGGCUCCUGGGCCUUCUCGGUGAGUCUAGGGGAGCUCAGGUCCAUCCGCCGUUCCAAGCCGGGCCUUAGCUGGGCGUACCUGGUGCUGGUCACGCAGGCCGGCGGCUCCCUGCCUGCCCUGCACUUCCACCGCGGGGGCACCCGCGCCCUGCUCCGCGUCCUCAGCCGCUACCUGCUCCUGGCCAGCUCCCCGCAGGACUCCCGCCUCUACCUCGUGUUCCCCCACGACUCGUCAGCACUUUCCAGCUCCUUCCACCACCUCCAGCUCUUCGACCAGGACAGCUCCAACGUGGUGUCUCGCUUCCUCCAGGACCCCUACUCCACCACCUUCAGCAGCUUCUCCCGUGUGACCAACUUCUUCCGGGGAGCCCUGCAGCCUCACCUGGAGGGGGCCUCCCCUGACCUGCCCCCGGCCCCGGAUGACGAGCCUGAGCCUGGGUUCGAGGUCAUCUCCUGUGUGGAGCUGGGGCCGCGGCCGGCCGUGGAGCGGGCGCCUCCCGUCACAGAGGAGGAGUGGACUGGCCACGUAGGCCCCGAGGGCCGCCUGCAGCGGGUCCCAGAGCUGAAAGCCCGCAUCUUCUCAGGGGGUCUGAGCCCCAGCCUGCGGCGCGAGGCCUGGAAGUUCCUCCUGGGGUACCUGAGCUGGGAGGGCUCGACGGAGGAGCACAAGGCCCAUGUGCGCAAGAAAACGGACGAGUACUUCCGCAUGAAGCUGCAGUGGAAAUCUGUGAGCCCUGAGCAGGAGCGGAGGAACUCACUGCUACAUGGAUACCGCAGCCUCAUCGAGCGGGACGUGAGCCGCACCGAUAGGACCAACAAGUUCUACGAGGGCCCCGAGAACCCGGGGCUGGGCCUGCUGAACGACAUCCUCCUGACCUACUGCAUGUACCACUUCGAUCUCGGCUACGUCCAGGGCAUGAGUGACCUUCUCUCCCCGAUCCUCUACGUCAUCCAGAACGAGGUGGACGCCUUCUGGUGUUUCUGCGGUUUCAUGGAGCGUGUGCACGGGAACUUCGAGGAGAGUCAGGAGACCAUGAAGCGGCAGCUCGGGCAACUCCUGCUGCUCCUCAGGGUGCUGGACCCGCCACUCUGCGACUUCCUGGACUCCCAGGACUCUGGUUCUCUCUGCUUCUGCUUCCGGUGGCUGCUUAUCUGGUUCAAGAGGGAAUUCCCCUUCCCGGAUGUCCUCCGGCUGUGGGAGGUGCUGUGGACAGGGCUCCCCGGCCCCAAUCUGCACCUGCUGGUGGCCUGCGCCAUCCUGGACAUGGAGCGGGACACCCUCAUGCUUUCCGGCUUCGGCUCUAAUGAGAUCCUCAAGCACAUCAACGAGCUGACCAUGAAGCUGAGUGUGGAGGACGUGCUGACGCGGGCUGAGGCCCUCUACCGGCAGCUGACCGCCUGCCGGGAGCUACCCCACAACGUGCAGGAGGUUCUAGGCUUGGCGCCGCCUGCAGAGCCCCAAAGCCCCUCACCCCCUGCCUCCCCACUGCCGCUGUCGCCCACCCGGGCCCCACCAGCUCCGCUCCCCUCCGCGGACACGGCCACGGCCACGCAGCCUGACAGCAGUCUGGAGAUCCUGCCUGAAGAGGACGACGACGAGGAAGGUGUCGACUCCUAA